AUGAAUGGCUUCAACUUGGCUAGCCACACCACCGCGCUCGAGCAGUCGGUGCUCGGCAAGCCGCAUCUCUUGUCCACCAACCAUGGACCGUACUGCAGCCUGCGAGCGUCUGCGGCAAGCGAUACCGAUCCUGCUCGGAUGCUUCGUCUUUGUCCUCCUCAGCCUCGGCAGCUUCUCGCCACGCGUUGGUCUUAUCCGACAACCAUGAACGAUGGUUCCGAGUCGGCGUUCGAUUCGCAAACCAGCGUUGACGAGCAGGCGCCCUCGUCUCGCAAGACACUCUGCGCCGAUGGCCACAAAAACGGCUUGGUCAACUGGCUAGGUGGUAAGCAUGAUCCUAUUCGUAAUCCCUAG